AUGGCUCCGUGCUCCGUGGCGGCGGCCUGCCGCAGCCUGGCCCUCUCGACGUGGCUACUGUCCUUCUGCUUCGUCCACCUGCUGUGCCUCGACUUCACCGUGGCCGAGCGGGAGGAGUGGUACACGGCCUUCGUUAACAUCAGCUACGUGGAGCCCGCCACCAGGUCGCUGCGGAGCGACAAGAGCGAGUGCGGACGCUAUGGGGAGCACUCGCCCAAGAAGGACGCCAAGGGGGUGGUGGUCCUGCCCUCCGCACCGCACGACCGCCAGGCCUGCGACCCCAACACCAGCUUCGGGGCCCCCGCCGGGGCCUGGGUGGCGCUCAUCGCCCGCGGUAACUGCACCUACCGGGACAAGAUCCGGCACGCCGCCGAGCGCAACGCUUCGGCCGUGGUCAUCUUCAAUGUAGGCUCGGCCAGCGCCAACGACACCAUCACCAUGCCGCAUCCCGGUACGGGCGACGUGGUAGCCAUCAUGAUCCCGGAGCCCAAAGGUCGCGAAGUGGUGUCCUUGCUGGAGCGCAACGUGACAGUCACCAUGAGCAUCACCAUCGGCACCAAGAACCUGCAGAAGUACGUGAGCAGGACCUCCGUGGUGUUCGUGUCCAUCUCCUUCAUCGUGCUCAUGAUCAUCUCGCUGGCCUGGCUCGUCUUUUACUACAUCCAGAGGUUCCGAUACGCCAACGCCCGAGAUCGCAAUCAGCGCCGCCUUGGCGACGCCGCCAAGAAGGCCAUCAGCAAGCUCCAGGUGCGCACCAUCCGAAGGGGCGACCACGAGACCGAGGCCGACUUCGACAACUGCGCCGUGUGCAUCGAAGGGUACAAGGCCAAUGACGUCGUUCGGGUCCUGCCGUGCAGACAUUUGUUCCACAAGAGCUGCGUGGACCCGUGGCUCCUGGACCAUCGUACCUGUCCCAUGUGCAAGAUGAACAUACUGAAGGCGUUGGGGAUCGCGUUGAACGCCGACUGCCUGGACGAGCUGCCCCUAGACUAUGACCUGGCUCUGGGUGGCGUAGCAGCGCCCCUGGCCCUGGACGCCGCUGUUUCCGGAGCGGGUGACGGCAUGCUAGGCGAGGGCGGCUCCGACAUGGUUCUGGACCCCGGCGUGCGACGGAUGGGUCUCCCGCAGGACUACCGGGACCCUCCCGACACCCUGAGGGACAGUCCCGUGACCGACGCGCGCCUGGGUGAGCUCCGGCCGAUGGCCAGCAGCGUCUCCGUGGCUUCGCUGGUGAUCGCCGUGGAAACGGGGCUUUCCGACGAGGAAGGAUCCCACGAAGCUUCUCAGAUGGUCGACAAAUCUUGA